AUAUCAAUGCGGACGUCCAUAAUAAGUAGCUUGUCAGGGGAACCCAGUGCGGCAGACGCAGUCCGCAGCAGCCAUUGAAUUGGAUCGUCCGACCUCCACAUAGCCAGACAAGCGCUGUGGCUAAACCCAGAGGAUAGACAGGGAGACAGCCACCAGCAGCCGGCCAUGGAGAACGGCGAGGGGGCGUACGCGCAGGACGGCUCCGUCGACCUCCGCGGUAACCCCGUCCUCCGCUCCAAGCGCGGCGGCUGGACCGCCUGCGCCUUCAUCGUCGUGUACGAGCUGUUCGAGAGGAUGGCGUACUACGGGAUCGCGUCCAACCUGGUGAUGUACAUGACCAACAGGCUGCACCAGGGGACGGUGGAGGCGUCCAACAACGUCACCAACUGGUCCGGCACCGUCUUCCUCACGCCGCUCAUCGGCGCCGUCGUCGCCGACGCCUACCUCGGCCGCUACUGGACCUUCGUUGCCGGCUCCGCCGUCUACCUCAUGGGCAUGAUCCUGCUGACGCUGUCGGUCACGGUGCCUGCACUGAAACCGCCGGCCUGCGACGGCGCCACCUGCCCGCGCGCCUCCGCGCUGCAGCUGGGCGUCUACUUCGGCGGGCUGUACACCAUCGCGCUGGGCCACGGCGGCACCAAGCCCAACAUCUCGACCAUCGGCGCCGACCAGUUCGACGAGUUCGACCCGGCGGAGAAGCUGCAGAAGCUCUCCUUCUUCAACUGGUGGAUGUUUACCAUCUUCCUGGGCAUCCUCUUCUCCAGCACCGUCCUCGUCUACGUCCAGGACAACGUCAGCUGGUCGGUCGGCUACGGCAUCCCGACGCUCGGGCUCCUGGCCUCCGUCGUGAUCUUCCUCGCUGGCACGCCGCUGUACCGCCACAAGGCGCCGCAGGGCAGUCCGUUCACGAGCAUGGGAAGGGUGAUCGCGGCGGCCGUGUGGAAGCACAGCAUGGCGCUGCCUGACGACGACAAGGACCUGCACGAGCUGGAGCUGGAGCACUACACGAGCAGGAGGAGGUUCCGUGUGGAUGCCACCGACUCCAUGAGGUUCCUCAACAAAGCGGCGGUCAAGGUUUACCCCGGGGACGCCAACGGCGGGUCGGCGCCGCCCCGGCUUCCCCCGUGGACCUUGUGCACGGUGACGCAGGUGGAGGAGACGAAGCAGAUCGCUAAGCUUGUGCCGCUGCUAUUCACCUUGGUCGUUCCGUGCACGCUCGUCGCGCAGGCGAACACGCUCUACGUCAAGCAGGGCGCGACGCUGGACCGGCGCCUGGGCGCGUUCCUGGUGCCGCCGGCGAGCCUCGGCGCGUUCAUCACGCUCACCAUGCUCAUCUGCGUCGCGCUCUACGACCGCGUCUUCGUACCCGCCGUCCGGAGGCGCACCAAGAACCCGAGGGGGAUCACGCUGCUGCAGCGGAUCGGGGCCGGGAUGCUGCUCCAGGUGGUGACCAUGGUGAUCACGGCAGGGAUCGAGAACCGGAGGCUGAGCUUCGCAAGGGGCCAUAGGCCUGACGCCGCCGGCGUGCUUCCAAUGACCAUCUUCAUGCUGCUGCCGCAGUUCGUGCUCUUGGGCGCCGCCGACGCGCUCCUGGUUGUGGGGCAGGUGGAGUUCUUCUACGACCAGGCGCCGGAGAGCAUGAAGAGCCUUGGCACGGCGCUGUCCCUCACAGCCUAUGGCGCCGGCAACGUGCUCAGCAGCGCCAUCCUCUCCCUGGUCGGUCGUGUUACUGCGGAGAGGGGGAGCCCGUGGGUGACCAACAAUCUCAACGCCUCGCGACUCGACUACUACUACGCGCUCCUCACCGUGCUCGCCGCGGUGAACAUGUCGGCGUUCCUUGCGCUGAGCGGAAGGUACAAGUACCGAUCGGAGUCGAGGGAGACGAUUGAUGUCGACGCGCAGGGCGGCCCGGUCAGGCUUCAUCCAGAGCCAGCGCCAGUGGCAUGAAAAAAAUAUCGAUGCGUUCGGCCUGUAAUUAGCUAAUAAACAGUGGAAGGAAUGUCGAUGAAGUGAUCUGUUCUGUUAACGAUA